AUGACAUCUACAUCGAAUACAAAUUCUACUUCCUCUGCCUCAUCCUCUUCUUCACUUCCACCCACAUCAUUAAUAUUAGCUAUAAGCGCCAGUUCAUUUUUUGCAGGACUUGUAGGAUCACGAUGGAUAUUCAAAGAUAAAUUUUCAGAAGAAUUACCAACAGAUAGUUCUGCCACACUAACGCAAACGGAUAAAGUAAAAAUACAUCGUAUGGCACGCUUAACAGCUGUGAAAGCUUUAUCCGCUGGCACUGUUUUAUGUUUAUCCGGUGCAGCGGUGUUGGCUUUUGGCGUGGGAACGAUGCUGGGUGUUAGUAGUUUAAAAGAAUUCCAUAUGAAAAUGAAAGAAAUAAUACCUAAAUAUAAUAAGAGCGUUAUGGGAGUCGAUUUUGGAGGGUUGAAAACUACUACAAUGCAACUCGAUUUCGAUGCGGCAGAAAAAGAGGAUUGGAUUACAUUAAGUAAAGAAUGGGAGAAGUACGUGUUGGAAAGAGAUGAAUAUUUAAGGAAAAAGAGGGAAAAGAAGGCACAGAAAUCAUCUUGGUGGUCGUGGUGGAAGAGUUCUGAUGAUUCUUCGACUGAGGAAUUUUUCCUGUCCAAAGUAUUCUCGGAGGCGUUACAACCAUCACAAGUGAUUCCUUAUUAUUAUCGUGCAGAAACAAAUUUUAAAGCAGAAGACAUCACAAUCACAACAUUGGUCACCUCAAAUAGAUUUACUGUAUUCAAUCGUCUCGUCACCACGUAUCAAGGUCCCAUUUCUGUAACAAUACAUGUGACCGAUGACCCAGAGACACGAGAUCAACUUCUCGCAGAGUUAGAAGACUUAUACACCGCAAAUCCAUUUAUGAAAAAAUAUGUGGACGUACAUUUAGUAGUUGAUAAAUUUGAUCGUCAAUUUAAUAUGUGGCGAAACGUGGCAAAAUUCUUUGCGAGAACAGACUACAUAAUGAUGUUAGACGUGGACUUUUUCUUGUGCACGAAUUUUCGCACUAAAAUUUUAAAUGAUCCCACCAUCAUGGAAAAAUUACGUGCAGGCAAUACUGCUUUAGUUGUACCGGCAUUCGAGUAUGCCGAUCUCGAAGAGGGUAAAAAUCCGGAAAUUUUCCCGAAAACAAAAGAAUCAUUAAUCGAGGAAGUGAACUCUGGCCGAUUGAAUAUGUUCCAUCCGGUCUGGCAGAAAGGACACGGACCCACAAAUUAUCAACGUUUUUAUGAGGCUGAUGAGAUAUUUAUGGUCGCGGAGUAUCAAUUUAGCUAUGAGCCUUACGCUAUUUUUCCAAAGAACAGUCCAUGGUGUGAUGAAAGAUUUAUUGGCUAUGGAGCAAACAAAGCCGCAUGUUUGUUUGAAAUUUAUAUUUCCGGUGUUGAUUAUUGGGUAUUACCCGAUGACUUUUUGAUACAUCAAACGCACGAGUAUCCGGAAAGUGCACGAAAACAAGAGCGAAAAUACAAUAAAAAACUAUACGAUCAUUUCCGUGAAGAAGUCUGUUUUCGGUAUGCACGCAGUUUCAUCACCAACGGCGAAUGGGAAGCCGAAAAAUCUGAAAAUCUAAAACAAGAAUGCCAAAAGAUACGGGGUUUCAAUCAGGCGAUAAAGUUUUUCAAUUCUAUUGAUUAG